AAUCUAAUUCGACCGUCGCGGUGCAUCACGGGAAGGCUUGCUUUUUUUGAACGGCCAAAAAAAUGGCGGGCGGUCGCGAUGUUUUCGAGGUGGAGGGAAUCCUUGACCAGCGCACGCGGCGGGGCAGACCUGAGUACCUGAUCAGGUGGGCGGGGUUUGACGAGGAUGAGGAUACCUGGGAGCCGGAGAAGAACCUGGUCGGCUGUGAGGAGAUCCUGGAGGAGUGGAAGAGGAGAUGGCUCGCCGCACAAACCCCAAGGAGAUCAAAGAUCCUGAAGCCCAUCUUCAAGCCCCCUCCCACACCUCCGUCCACUCGAAAGCGGGCAGUGAAGAAGGUGGAAGAAAAAGCAGAGACCAAGACAGGGACUCCAAGGGGAAGACCCAGGAAGGCAGCUGCACCCACACCGAAAACUAAAGUACCAGUCAUCACCGUGAGUGAAAGUGAAGAGGAGACAUCAGUAGUGGUGAAAGUGGCUCAGAUUACAGCCAGUAACUCUGCAGCUCAUGCAGAGAAAAAGGAAGAAGUUGCGAAAGUUGCUGAAAACAGUGGGCAGAAACCUGUGUCCACACAUGUGGGAAAACAACUGCUCAACUUCCAGAAAGUCGCAGCCCAAGAACAGGAGAUAGCUAAGAAGGUUACGCCGAGCAGAAAAACCCACAUCGUGACUGUGACAGAGUCUGACCAGGAGUCUGACCAGGAGUUGAGGCGGUCAGCGCUGCGGUCCCGAGGACUGACCAGACAGGUGUUCUCCGCGGCCAGCACGGCCAGCUCCGUCACCACCAGGCAGGAGAGUUCGGAGGUCGCUACCAUGACGACGAGGUCGGCGGCUGUGAAGCAGGAGACCCACGUGGAGACGCCGGUGUCGUCCAGGCUGACCAGGGCGUCUCUCAACUCCGUACGGGACGGCAAGGUCGGGCUGUUUUCGGGAGCCAGGUCCAGAGUUGCAGUGAGGAUGGGGAAAGUGCGCAGGCUGCUGACCUGUCACAACUUCCUCAACCUGGUGUUUGUGGUCUGCAUGGGAGCCGUCUUCUACACACUGUUCUUCCUCAAGAAGUAGCCGUGGACUUACAUGUACUGUAGCUGUGGACAGGUGUUUGUUAGGCCUAGGAAAGAAAUAGUGUGUUUCCUGUUUCCCAACCAACUCUAGAAAAAAACUGCCAACCCUAGCCUUUUUGUGUGGAUCCCUGCAGAGGACAUAGAUUCUAGAAAUAAGAAAGAAAGAAAUUUAAUACCUACCUACGGACCCUAAUUUUUUUCAGAACUGAAACAGGAAACAACAUUUUUUCCUAGGCCCUAGAGUAUAUAUAAGGGUUUACAUAUUUUAAUCUGAAGAAACUUAAUAAAAGGAUUUUCAGGUGCUAAAUUUUGAGAUGAUUUUCCAGGUGCAGUCUACUGUCUUUAGUGUCAACUGGUGUUCAGGUACAGGCGCACCAAAUGUUCAGGUUUGGAACUUUAGCUACUUGAUUUUACAGGUAUAAGGUACAGAGCCCUAGUACCAACUGAUUUUAGCUAUCCUAAAUCUGUUUUGAUUGUGCCUCUAAAUUCUAAGGGUAACUAACAUGUACAACAUUCCCCUCAUAAUCAACUUCUGUCAGGUUUUUGAGGUGGGAAAGUUUCAUGAGACAAAAUGAAGGUUCCAUGUGUCAGUGUCUUGCCUUCUUCUUGUACGUUUGUAAAUUUUUUUUCUUACAUCAAAGUAGAUCUUGUCUUUCAACAGAACGUACUUGCCAUAUUGGUGUUUGAGGUUUUAUUGUAUUCUUUCUUUAAAUUCUCUAUUGGCUUAUUGUUCAAGCAAGUGUUCAUUGCAGUCAAAGCCUUUUCUAUGAAAUUGCCAGGAUCAUUUGUGUAAAAGAGCAUUGUGUACAUUCAGCCAGCAGUGGUGGUUGUAAUGACUACACAUGAUAUGGUAUUUCUUUAACACUACCUCACUAUGUACAUUGUAGCAGCUGGAACAUCUCUACCAAUGUAGUAGUCAUCACAGUAGUCCUAGUUCUUCAUUAGCACCUUUAUUGAAAUGAAGAUAUGUAGACAUGAUCAUUUAUCUAAAGUGCCUUUGUACUUAAUGAUACGUCACAUUAUGAUCAUAUACACAUAGCCAGAUGUGGUUGUCCCAUCAACUCUCAGUUUUAAGAGCUAUAUUGUCUCAAUGGUGAGUGAAAAUUUGGACUCUUAUCCCCUCCCCUCUUUAUAGUGAAAAUCAAGUUAUGAAAAAUAAAUUCCAAGGGAUUUUCUUUUAAAAAAUAGGUUAUAAUGGCAUUAUGCACAUGUAACUAAUUGAUUGGCAUUUUAGAAAAGUUGAUUCUUGAGGGUGAAAUUAAAGUCGGACAAGUUAAACUAAAGUUGACAAUAUUAGUGGUCGAUCUAAAUUUGCUAGAAUCUGCACUAUAAGAGGGUGCAGUGUGUCUGUCCCUGCUUGGAAAAAAGGAAACUGGUACAGACUGUAUUGGGGACAUAGAAAUAUGUAUGUUGCAUACAUAUAAAUCGAUAAUGGUGAUGUACAAAAAUGACAUACAGCAGAAUCAUAAUGUUUUGAGAUGAAAAAAAAAAUGGUAGUUGUAGAAUAUCAUGUAACACAUGAUUGGACUGCAUACAUUGUAUG